AUGGCACCAAACCCCCUGCGACCCGGACCACCACGUGGAUCCUCACCUACUGAAUGGACUGAAGCAGAAAAGGCAGAGAUGGUAGAGUAUUACAAGUUCUGCAUCGAGCAACGAGACAACUGCAUCACGAGGUUGGAAGAACUCUAUCAGGAGCAGAAAGAGAUGGAGAAACAGGCAGGAGACAAAGAUGAAUCCGAUGGUGAGUACCAUGAGAUCCAGAUUCAGUUGCGUGAAAAUGCACGCAUCGCGGCUGAUCAGGUAGAUCUGAUGGGUGGCUAUCUCGACAUUUUGCACAUCAUCGAGAAGGAGGUGGAAGGAAGUGGUCUUUCUCUUAACUAA